AUGAUAGUUGAGUUUAUACUCCGUAACAGCAUUUUUGCAAUUCGUUACAAUAAGGAUGAACCAAAGGAUGAACCAAAGAGUGAACUUGAUAUUUCGUGUUGGAGAAAUUGUUCCACUAUCCUAACUCAGACUAUGCUAACUUUUAUUACGUUUCCAAUUUUUAUAUUCUACCCUUUUCUGAUGAUGAAAUCAUUGGAAGUUGAGGAAAUUCGCAAACCCGAAAAUGACACAUACUGCGAAGAGAAAUGGUUUUUCAUUAACGGCGUCAUGACAAAUACAAAUUGGUUAGAUCUGAAUUGCAAAUAUCUGGAGAGUCGUUUCGAUGAUAUGAUUGUCAAAAUGUUAAAGGCGCUUGAUAUUAAUAUGUAA